AGGGCAUGCGGGUAGGGACACACCGUCAAUAGACUCAAUAUGGAGAAUGCGUGGUUCUCUGAGUUCGAAGAGGUCCUUACUCGAUCGCUCUCGGCCUGGGGGUUAUUUCAGUGAUGCCCCUUAAAAUGGCGAAAUUGCUAGUAUGGAUCAUUGAUUUGUCUUCUAAACGCGUGCAACCAUUUGUAGGAUAUUUGGAGUUAUGAUAUCAGCGUGUGUAUAGCGACAGGGAUUGGUGUUACUCCGUUUGCUGCUAUCAUCAAUGAACUCAGGUAAGAUGUAGAAAGGUUCUCUCAGAGGUCGAGGCAGGUAUGUCCCUAGUUUGAAUUUCAAAACCCUCGCUUUGUUUCGCCUAUUGAGUAGAGGAAUUUUAACCUAAGAAAUAAAUAAAUAAAAUACCCUUAAUAAAUAAUGUGAUAAGUGGUAAGUAUAGUCUGCAAAUACAGCCAUUUUUUUUCCCGCCCCGCGUAAACUCGUCCCUAGCGGCGAGGAGCGAGGAGAGAUGGCUGUAUUGGCAAGCGGCUAUGAUCCUAAGGCUUUUUAAGUUUUAAAGUGAUUAUUUCUGUUCAUGCAGCGUUUUAUUUGGUCGUUGUCUAUGAUGCACUUAACAAAUAGAUCAUGCUUCCGUACGUCUGUUCAUUUAAAUAUAUCACAUAUGAUGUUAAAAAGUGGUAAGAACAAAAAAGUGCGAGUGCGUCACUGAUGACAAAUAUUAUUGUUAAGUUGUUUUGUUCUUGGUCUUCAGAACAUUAACAUCUGCUGGUGGACGGCAUAUCAAGCUAAAGCGAUUGUAUUUUUUGUGGGUGUGAAAACAUAUUGAGUCCUUCCAGUGGUUUGUGGACCUUUUGCAUUCCCUUCAUGACGAGGUGAGAUUUCAUUGGCCAUCCAUGGGAGACAUAUAUGUUAUUCACCAGCUAUUUUAGUAGGUUCGUAUUGGGGGAAACUGUGCCCGAGGUCUUGAGUACCGCCCGAGGGCACAGUUUCUCCCAAUACGGACUGACCUAGGCCGGUGAAUAACAUUUUUAUUUUUUUCAAACUGAGGUUUAAAAGUUUCAGCAAAAUUUUGCUUCAGCCUCUAACCUAUGUGUGUUGAAGUAGGACACAUUCGAGUUGAUGAAGCGUCCGAUUGAUUGCAAACCAAAACAAAACAUUACAACAUGAUUAAUAUUUUUAUCUUGUAAUUUAUAUAAUUUAUCACAACUAAGCUCUCUUCUAGAAUAUAAAGGUUUUUGUGUCUUGGUAGAUAAUUCAUAAUAUGAGUGUCAACAAGAAUUGACGAACUUGAUAUUAGAUGCCACAGGAAAAAAAAAUACUGCAAAGAAUUUCUUGGGCUGAGUAAUUACCUUUUUAACAAGGGUUUAUAAAAAGGGCUAAUUACACAUACCAAUCUUAAAGAUUUGAAUUGAAUUCGACUCAAAAAAGGCGAUGUGGGUAACAAGUAUAAAAACAAAGAAAUGAAAAUGGCGAUAACCGACUGCUGGAAUUGUGAUUGGUGUUGUGCAUUCAAGUCUGAUUAAAAGCUAAUUAAAUCGGGAACAUUGACAACAACCUUUUCUGAAAGGUAGAAAACUAGCAAGGCAAAAUUCAAUGAAAAACGGCAGAAUCUAGAUUCAGACAGCAAAAAGGGAAAACAAAACUACAAACAGAGCAAAAGUGUCGAAUAAACGGUGCAUAAAAGCAAGAUUGCAGUAUUUACAGCGUAGGUUAUAAAUCUAGUGAAGCGACAUCACGAGCCGCCUGUUUUGCUUUACUUCAGCGGUGUUCCUGCGGUGAGUGGGUGACUUGCUUGAUUCUUCCUUCAGAUUUCUUGUCUGACUUAUAAAAUUCACUUUUUCCUAGCUAAUGCUUAUAACAGAGCAAGUUUUAAAAGAGAAAUGGUUUAACAAUCACGGGUUUUGCUCAUUCACAAACAACAAACAAACUUGUGAAUGAAGCUGCCAACGAUUCCGACCGGGUUAGCCGGCAAGAUCGUGAAAAACCGCCCGCUCUCGGAACCAAUCAGAUUGCAGGAUUUGGAGGAUUCCGCCUGCUCGCAAGCUUAGAAAAAAAUAAAAAGAUUUCUUUAAGUUUAAAGAAAUGAGACUUUACCUAUAUCAUCAACCUAAAGAGAAGAAAACUACAACAAAAUAAAUGGCUUGCGUAUGCUUCAUGCGGCAAUCAUAGAUCGUCAUAAGUAAGUGGACUAUGAUCGAUUCCGGGUGGGUAUAUUAGUGAAAACAACUGCUGUGGAAAGUUUCUGACGUUUGGAUAACCUGUGCAUGCGCAGUACUCAUCUUAGGAGUCAGAAAAGGUUGCAUCUCUUACCAACCACUUCAUCUCUGCUGGUCGAUCACUAGCAUUGGUGUCAGCCGUAGUUUGACCGUUAUUGCAACCUUGUGUCGGUUAAUUGGUCAAAAACACGUGAGGACUGAUCAAAUAUAAAUGGAGAAACUCAUUAUUAAAAACGCGGAAUGUUGAAUAAGGUCUCGGAGCGAUAUACUGGAAGAGAUAAACUUACCGACGCCGAAUGAUAGGCAGACGAUGUAUUGAAUAUGAUGAUGUCACGUGGUCCUACUCGCAACCAAGAGCCAUAAUGGGACUUAUUUCGAUUGCAUCGUUGACGUUACAUCGUUGAUUAACCAUCACUUAAGUAUAUAAGGCAAACCACUGGAGCCUUCUCGUCAUCUUCGUAGUUUAUUGUAGUUGCAUACUAUUGAAUAACUGAGGGUUCCUUCGUUAUCUUGUUUUACCACGUUCUUAAUCACGUGGUCAAAAUUGACGUUUGUCGGUUUGCCCGGCGUAAACGUCUGAUUCUAUAUUAAGAUGCCUAGACGGCGACGCCAGGGAAAACGUUGCUUGAACUUGAAAUUGAAUUCACGUUCUUUCAAUAUUAAUGGAGAUUAUUCCGACUCACUUAUUUGGUCAAACGUAAGCCAACUCUCCUGGAGUUGAAUUCCUAAGAGCCUUAUCCAAGUUCAGGAAGAGCAAGAAAAUUUCGUUGUUGCUUGUCUACGUCCUCCAUAAAACGUGAAAUUACUCAUUUUCUAAAUGUCUUCAUAGUCGUUCAGUGACGGCAAGGAAAUGUAGCGUGAUACACGUGCAAAAUUGUUUUGCUUAUCAAACCUGUUGCUUUUUUGGGGACGGACUAUUAGAAAAGUUAUGGGAAGGGGGGGGGGGGGUAGGGGGGGAAUUUUCAAGCCGCAGAAAUUUUUUUCGUUAUCAACUUCCUUGUAUGAAUUUCUUUUAGGCCAUAGCAUGAAUAUUUUUUAGGGUUAAUUGGCGUGCAUAAAUUUGUUUUUCAUUUAAUUUUCCCUUGCGCGAAGAUGUUUUUUGUACUUCGCCCCUCCCCCCCUUCAUAAGUUUUCUAAUGAUCCUUCCCUUUGAUGUUCGCGUUGCCGUCGCUGUCAUCGGAUCUUCCACUACCCGCCAUCAUCGUGUGCAAUCGCCGAGAGAGGACAGCCAAAAAAAAAGAUUCGUGCGUUUUGUGAAUAGUCAAGUAUGUGUGCUGUAUUCUCUUAUUUGCAGCUGUGGGAAAGUAACCGACCAGAUUUCCUCAUAUGCAACUUUUACGUUACUUGCUCCGGAUCACAGUCGAAUGAUCAGGUAAUGAAUGAGGUGGCAUUGGGGAUUUGAUGUUUACUUGGCUGUUUCAAAACAGAGUUUUACUUAAAUCGAAAGAGGUUUAGUUUUAUGAGCAGAAACUAAAACCAAAACAGUCGUAUUCUUGGAUUUUUGGGGGGUUCUGUAGUUGCCAAAUGGUUUCCUUGCAGCUAAACGGUAACACGGGACAAAACACCUGGCUGAAGGGAAGCAUGAGAUGGCACCGCGGCUGACUCCUCCCGAGUCGACUCUUUUUGAAUCGCAAAAAUGAACUCAACAGAUCAAACCCAUGGCCUCAUCUGUUCACAUCAUCAUUCUCUGUUUCAUUUCUUUCACGGGUUAAAGGGACAGGCUCACGGUUCAGGGCAUGCUUAUUUAUCAAAAUGCUGUUUUUCUGUCAGGACACGCUGUAUCGUUUAUGCAAGCAAUAUGAUCAUCUCGUCAUGAAAGCUGCGCAAUAUAAAUUCUUAAUUCUCUGAUCAUGUCAUAAUGUUAUCAAAGAACCAAUCUGCACACUCACCAGCCAAUCACUUGCACUUGAUCAACUUAAAUAUUUGCAAAUAGCUGUAAAUUAAUCAAACAUGGAAAUUAAAAACCUUCGGGUCAACAUUAAAUUCAAAGUUGGUACUGUGGGCAUAAUCCACUAAUUUUUCUGCGAUUUUAAUAAUGAUAAUAAUAAUGAACUUUAUUAAAGUCUCAGGUCUUAUAGCUCAGGCACAGUGACUUACUAAUUGGGGAGACUCCUCCUUCCUACUUCAGGUUACUCUGAAUUACCUUUCUACUUUGAAAUACACUCUGAGAUCGCUGAGAUACAUGUGAGUGGGAUUAUUAACCGAUAGAAUUAAUAAUAAAUUGGAAAAAAGUAUUCUAAUUAAUGAGCAUGCGCUUUACCGUGAACCUGUACCUUUAAGAUGAACUCAACAAAUUGCCCUACUCCCAAUGUACGGGUUUUCAUAGCUCCACUGGUUAGAGCACUGCAGCGCUAACGAGCAGAGGCUUCAGGUUCGAAUCCAGUUGAAGUCCCGAAAUUUUUUUCGAGUUAAUUUGCAAUUGCUUAAAUUGCAAUUACUACUGCGAUGGUCAUAUCUUCCUUUAAAAAAGAGAAUGCAUUAUUUUCGAGCGAACAUGUGCGCGAAAGUUCCAAGGCAGAAUCAAUCUCGAAACGAUUUAACUUGAAGGUAUUGUGAGGUAACUAAUAUAUAGAUUUAGCCAGGGCUAAAAGCGAGGCUCCCAUCGGUAAAUUUAUAAUUUAAAUUAAACAAUAAACUUGUAUUCGAAUUCCACAAUUCAGUUAACUUUAGAGCACAUUUAUGUGACUUUUGAGGGAAAGGCUACCUGAUUUUAGAGAAAAAUAAUUUGCAAACAGCCCAAGAGUGAACCAAAUCUUACAUCGAGUUGAUAGCCUCAUAUGUACACUCAAAAACUGGUAAUCAUCUUUUAUCACAUUUAAGAGACGUAAUGGCUAUUGAUCACCGUAGAUCAAUUAGGCUUAGAAAAAAAAUCAGGCCAACGUUUUGGCGUUCGACAAGUUUACUUUGCAAAAUCUUGCCAACAAAUCUGGGCGCGUGUAAACCAACCUUUUAUACCAUGGACAGAAAGCAGUAUUUCACAAUACAAAUUGCUCUCAUUCAAUAUUCAUAAACUGUUAAAAAAAUUUUCCAAAAUCACCUAUACGGCCAUCCGGUUCUCACUUUUGUAGUGCGAGCUGUAGCGAGUGUUUGAAUGAACAUUAACAGAGUUACGCUCCAAGAUAAUAAAGAAUUUAUCAUGUUUAUUUUUUAUUUGAUGGUUUAACGCGCGGCAUUUUGAGAACUCCUGCAAGCGAUGUUCACUGAACGACUGAAAACAAUCGGCAUAGCGAUUAAAAUUGCAAGAGAGACUACUAACAAUCAAUAAAAGAAAUAUAAUUCGGUGAAACAUAAACAGAGACAACAAUUUUCAUUCAGGAAGACAAGUAUUAAAGUGUCCCUAAAUAUCCUGAGUCUUCAAGCUUCAAGCUUAAGUUUGCUGAAGUUUAUGUUUUAAGCCAGCUUCCCGGUGUUUGUUUUUUCAAAGACGAACUCGAGGCAAGAAAAUCGCUCAAAGCUUUCUUUUCCGGCCAGAAUUAUAACUAAAGAUUCUUUGGAACAUUUUCUUUCUAUUUGCGGUGAGAAACUGUCUAAAGGCUUUUUAAAGUUCUGUAAGAUUAUAUCAAACCAGAUACUCGGUGAGAUCGUUGUCUCAAAUCUUACAAACGCGCAUAAACUAAAUUCCCGCAUAAACUACGCUCCACUUCAUUAAAUUAGAUACAAAAAACAAACAUGAAAUACAAUAACUUCUCUGGCUUACCAUUCGAGAUGCAGCUCCUGAAAGUUAUCAGAUAAAGCCAGUAUCGCUUCAGACUUUGCAAUCCUCUUACGCAUCAAGCAUGGUAAAAACGAAAACGAUGCCAUCCGAAAUCGGAUUUCCGACUUUGACAAGCGACGUUUUCUCAACCAAAAACCCAAUAAACAAACUAGCCAUGAGUAACAGAAGACUCCUGAUAGCAGUUGAAUUUCAUUUUGUACAUCCAGUGGAAAAAGACAGUUAAAAACAUCACAAGUUGACACAAAACUCUGUCAGCUUCAGCUGUUAAAGUAAACAAGAUUCAAGAUGCUGCAUAAAUUUUGCGCAUGAACUCACCUGUCAAAUUUUGACCAAUCAGAGCAUAAAAAUUGGACGUAGAGCGUGACCAACGCGUGACCAUUGUGAGAAAAAACAAAAGCAACUGUCUUCCCUGCCUGUAACAGCUGGCUGAAUUUUCACGUCCGAGGUCAGUUUGCAAUCAAAAUUUUAAUUGUGCAGCACAUAAACACAACAUAUUUCAUAUGAAUUAAGAAAAAAAUUGAACUUGAGCCUGCGAUCACUUGAAAACUAGUUUACUUGUCAGCGGAUAACUGCAAAAAAUACUUGACCUCGACGGGUCGACACCUGAGCCCGCGAUACGGUCAAGUGAUACUGGUCAGCGGGUACUCUGUUUUGACAGCUGUCAAUUGAUCAAAACAUUGAUGUCCAAUAUGUCUGCAUUAUCAGUUUUCCUGUGCUCCCAAACUAGUAAAAGUAUGAGAUUGAACGUUGUUCGCGAUCUAGUAAAACAGUUAACUGGUCAGCGGACAGCUUCCAAAUAAAUCACGUCACCUCGAUGAGUUGACACAUGAGCCCGCGAUAUGGUCAUGGGAUACUGGUCAGUGGCUAUCCUGUUUGGACAGCUGUCAAUUGACCAUAUUGUUAAUGUCCUAUAUUAAAGAUGUGGACUUGCCAAGACACGCCUGAGACACCCCUCCCUACCUUUUGAUAGUCUCCCCUACCCCACCCAUACAAUCUGUAGACGCGUACGUACGUACGCUCGGUCAAUCACGUGACAACCAAACGAAAAGAGGUUGACCAUAUUCCAUGGGUAUGGGGCUCUGUCCCACGCGCGCUUCGCGCGCGCGGGAGCCCCGCUAUUAUGACGUAAACAAACUGAACAGCGCGCGUAUAGGUAAAAUCUUUGCUCGUUGGCCCUUAGCGUUAGCUAUAACUAGUAUAAGUUUGGGAGACGACUGGGGACACCGUGUAAUUGAGAAAAAAAACUAAGACUACAUCAUUUUUAAAAAAGGCUGAUUUCUUUUAUUUUGAAGGUCACUAUUGCGUUUCUUGUUCGGUGUUUUUGUGCCAUGAUGGCAAAAAAUGAUUUUGCUGUUUGGCUGCAAAGGGUCCAUUUAAUAUGAGUAUUAAAUUCACGCUACUGUUUUGUAAUGUUUGCUCUCAAAAAAAGAAAAAAAUUCUCUUCACUUAAUUUAAGGAGAAACAACAGACUUUCACGUUAAAUGUUGGGAGACGAUAUAAAUGUUUUGCAUUCUAUACACCUUUGGAUUAGUUAUCUAGCAUUUUAGCUAGAUUUCUUUUAUAGAUUUAUAUGUUUUGUUCUCUUUUGUUUCUUAGAUACAUAAAAAUUUGUGCGAUGGCUGGCUUUUGAGCAGACUCCAUAAAAACAAACCUUCAUGGAAAGCAAUGUUUGAUCGAGUUAGCAGAGAAAAUCCCAGGUAUAAUUUUCUGACAUCACGUAAAUAAAAUAGAUGCAAAAUAAAAGGUGCUGUGCUUAAACAAGAAGUUGAGCGAGGUUCAUCUCUAAGCUUACGAGCGACCUGUCAUGCAUUGCCCCUAUUUUAUUUGCGGACGUAAAUUUUUCGCACGUACAUACGCAAAAUUACGCGACUCUGGAAAUCAACCCUUAGGGAGAGAACAGAAUUUCAUCUGCUAACAACUCAUAGAGCCUUAUGUGACACCCGCUGGCCGAGCUAUUUAACUCUGGAGAGAAGCCAAACUACCAGAGAUCUACUCUAAAGUGCUAUACCGCAACUAGUCAUGCCUCUUGAAACAGGAACUUUUCAAGUUUCAGCCUCCGAGUUAUUCAACAGUCUGCUGCCAAAUGACAUCAAACUUGAGACUAAUGCUAAAACAUUAUUUUGUGAGUAAAUUUUUUUAAUUCCGGCCGAAUCCCGGUUAGAUUAUUAUUUUUGACUUAUAUAUGUUCGUUUGACUUAUCGCUUUUAAGACUUACUAAUAUAAAUUUUAUAUACCUACAUGUACUUUCAUUUUCUAUCCAUAUUUCAAAUGUAUAUAUGCCAUUAGUUAGAUAGCCUUGCAAUGAAUGUAGAGCUACUCCGUCCGUAGAAAAAACAUCAUUAAACCGUUAUUAUUAUCAUUACCUUAUCAUAAUUAUUACUAUUAUUAUAUUAUUAUUUUUAUUAUUAUUAUGAAGAUUGGUAACAUGACUUCUUUUAUAAUUCUAAGCAGGAGCCCUGUUCUAAGUCAACUGAUAGCUAAGUUGGGUUUUCACUUUUUUAUUGCUGCGGAGCGACCGAAGGGAGCGAGCAGCAACAUAAUCAGGAUUUAAAGGAAAUAUAUAAGGGACGACGAAUUCUCGAAUUCAUCACUUUUUACCACAAUGCAUUGCAUUUAACCACACUUUUAACCACAAUGCAUUGCAUUUAACCAGAGUGCAUUGCGUCACGAACAACUCAAAUAAAAACACGGGGAAGUUCGGUGAGUGAGAGAGUGCAUCGUUCGCUGCUCAGACUUAGAGUUUUCUUUGUGGCAAAUUUUCUACAGCACGGUUAGAGGUCUUACCAAAUUUUAAGACACGCAGGAGUCUUUCAGAUGAGUACGAUCGUUAACUUGGGGAUUGGAUUUCAAUUCAAGAGCCUUUGACUCGUCCAGGUGUUAAACCUGACUAGAAGAUGAGCAUUUGCUCUUCGACUCCGCAACACGGGGGAUAUACAAAUUCCAGCUUGCUAGAAGGUGAUGUGAAAGUGAGAAAAUGUCAUGCAGUGCUAUUCUUAAGAAACUGUAUGAGGCGAAAAUGGAUGUGAUUUUGACCAUUCGCUUCAAAAUAACAGCGGAAAUCGAGACAACAAAACAUAUGUUUUGUGUCCAACUUUGCAGACGAGGACGUGUAUCGGCGUUUUGAAAAGCAUAAUUAUGUUCUUUCAUUCAUGAAAUGCGUUCACAUUGUUUUUUCACUGUUAAUAGCUCGGUUAAUGCGGCUGGCGAUCAUCUUGUCGGCGGAAGUUUCAUGGAAAAGGAAUAAAUCAAGACUCAAAGGAAUAAAUCAAGGUGUAGUGGUUAGGUGUAGUCGCGUCGAGCCGAAGGUUCAGGAUUCGAGUCCUGCCGAAUUCUAUAUUCCCCAUUUCUUUUUUUUUUUCCGUUUUUUCUGUUGUUGUUUUCUAUAAAUAUAUAGCUAAAUAACUGUUACUUAAUAAAGUGCAACAAACAGCAAGAAAAGUAUUGUGUUUCCAGAGAAAAUAUCGUGCACAGUAUAUUAAAUAUAUGGAUAAACAAUCUGAAUUUCUAUUAUUUCCUACAAUUUCCUGUGGGAAAACCAGAGUUAUAACCACUUGAUCAUUUUCUAAACAACGUUCCCACGAGUUCUUUCUAUAGACUGAUAGUAAUUAUUCUAGUACUUAAUUCCAACAUGUAAAUAGGACAUUCAACAUCAUUUUCGAUUCUUUUAGUCUCACUGCCUAACUAAUGCCAGUAUCAACAGAAUGUGCCGCAGCAUUACUAUCUUUUAGAUACCCUAGUUAUUACUAAUAUUGCCGUUAACAAUCUUCCUUUUUACUCUCGUUUUAGAACCAAAGUUGGCGUUUUUUAUUGCGGCAGUGAAAAAGUCACCCCGAUGUUAAAAAAGACUUGUCGGAGGUUCUACCCAACGGGGACAAGAUUCAUUUUUAAUAGAGAAAUUCUUACGUAA